AUGUCUCGACACGAACCAUCCACAAUGGAUCCGAUAGCUCCUGCAUCAUCAAACACUGUGACUCUCCGGCCGAUGCCUCAGCUAGAGCAUCUCUGGACGCCCGAAGACGAUUGGACGGGGGUCAGCGAUCGAACCCACCGUCGCCGGCUGCAGAACCGCUUGAAUCAACGAGCCUAUCGCCGAAAACACAAAGUCGCUACGGGGAAUUCUUCAUCCUCAUCCUCAUCCUCGUCCUUAUCCCCAUCUUCAUCCAGCACUCAAACCUUAAUCCCGCAUUCCUCCACUAUCCACCACCACCCCACAACACCAACACCACCAACAUCAACAUCAGACGAAUUUGACGAUCUCCACUGCCACCUCGCCCCUCACAACUUCCAUCAAAUCCGGCAUGCCUUCACCAUCCUCGCCACGCAAAGCUACCUCACCAACUCACCCCGUCUCGAACACCUCCUCAGUCUCUCCCGCCUGAACGUCCACCGCGCCAUCAACGACAAUAUCCGCAUCCUGGGCAUGACUCCCGCCUGGCUACGGCCCGAUGAUGCGCUCUCCAUAUUCAACAACAACACCAUCAUCACCAAUAACCCCUCCUUUCUUCCAGACGUAGAUAUAUCUACCCUUCCCGAAAGUCUCCGCCCCACAGCUCUGCAGCGCCUCGUCCCCCACCACCCCUGGCUCGACUUCUUCCCGUUCCCCGAAAUGCGGGAUCGGUUGAUUGUGGCGGCGACGGCGGGCUACUUGGAUGAGGAUGAGCUGUGUCGGGAUCUCAUGGCGUUUUGGGAUACUAGGAACUCCGGGGCCACGUUGGUCGUGUGGGGGGUGCCGUGGGAUCCGUGGAAUUGGGAGGUUACGGAGGCGUUUUUGGCGAAAACGGAUGUGCCUCAUGUCGUCCUCGCCGGCUGCACAGCAGAGCUGUCCAGACUAUAUCACAAAAAAGAAGACCGGGGAGGAGAAGCAGACAAGACCACUGAGCUAGUUCACCAUCCUGAACGAAUGGCCCUACCUAUCCCCAACGUCGACGAGUCUGGACUCCCUACCAGGGACCACUUCCAGACCAUAGAAAACGCAUCAGGGGACACACUAGAAACAGUCCCGUCCCCUCAACUUCCCAACCACUUCCACAACAUCCCAGGCUUCAUCUCCCUCCAACCACUCCUCGAACUCCUCAUCGUCACCCUCUCCACCAACACCUCCAUCCUCCUGCCCAUGAUCGGCUACUCCCUCCUCCUCAUCCCCCGCCUCCGCAUCCCCAUCCUCAUCUACCUCAUCUACAUCAAAUACCUCAGCAAAGCGCACCAAUCCCCAUCCCCCCUCCGCUCCAACCUCCUCCACAACCACCCCCUCUGGACCCUCUACACCACCUACUUCCCCAUCAGCCUCUACCGCAGCCAUCCCCUCCCCCCGCACCGCAAAUACCUCUUCGGCUACCACCCGCACGGCGUCUCCAUCCGCGGCGCCAUCGCCGCCUUCGCCUCCAACGGCGCCGGCUUCUCCUCCCUCUUCCCCGACAUCACCAACAACACCCUCCUCGUCUCCGACAAAACCAUGCGCGCCCCUUUACUCCGCGAAUACGCCCUCGCUCUGGGCAUCAACGGCGUCAGCUACACUUCCUGCGUGAACCAUCUCGCUCGCGCCGGCCAGGCUAUCACCAUCUGCAUCGGGGGAGCGAGAGAAGCUCGCUAUGCAAAGCCGAAUACCAUGGACUUGGUGUUGAAUGUCCGGAGAGGGUUUGUGCGUGUGGCGGUGCAGACGGGUGCGGACCUCGUUCCGGUGAUGGCGUUUGGGGAGAAUGAGCUGUUUGAUGUUGGGACUGUUGAUGAGGUGGUGAAGGGGAGGGCUUGGGUGGGGUGGGUUCCGCGUGCUUGGUAUGCGGUGACGGGGAUGAAGGUUCGAUGGGUUGGCGGGAGAUGGGGAUUGAUCGUUCCGUAUCGGAGGCCGGUGAAUGUGGUGGUGGGGAGGGCAGCUGUGAGGGAGGAGAGAGGGGUAGAGGAUGUCGAUGAUGAUGAUGGGUAUGUGGAGGAAUUGCAUGGGCGUUAUGUGGAGGAGUUGAGGCGGUUGUGGAGGGAGUGGAGGGAUGUGUUUGGGGUGGAGAGGGGGGUGAGGUUGAGGAUUGUUGAAUAG